AACUUGUUUGCUGCUUUUGUUCUUUGACAUCAAGCGACAAGCGAGAGCGACGUCGGCGCUGGUGAAUUUUCUCGAGGUUUUUCUGUGGCCAAAGACGCCUAAUUUUCGCGAUCGAUUUCCACUUCCUUGGUGGCCAGAGUUCCUUCGGUUCGUAGUGCAAAACAGUAAAUAGACACAUCGCCAGGAUGGGAGACAGCAGCGAUGAUACCGCGAAGAAGGUUCAGGAGUACAAAGAUACCCUGAUCAAGAAGGCCGAAGAACUCAUCAUCAAAGGAUUCCCGGAGAAGAUUGUGAAGCUGAAUGAUCUUCUUGCCACUCCCGAAUUUGCCGAAAGAAACUUCACCGAUGUGUACCAGGAUCUCAACAUUCCAGUGCCGGAUCCGAUCGACCUCAACAGCGCCGAGGGCGAAAAGGCCGACUCCGACGAGCCAGGUGCCAAGCGUGCCCGACUGGACCUAUCGUCGGUCAGCGGCACCAAGGUGAUGGCCCUGCCGAACGGCCGAGUCCACUGCAACACACCGAUCUGCGACCUGAUCAAGGUGGUCAAACCGGUCAUCCGGGCGCUGGUGGAAGAUUCGAAUCUUCUCAAGAUGUGGAUCUCCUUCAUGAUUCCCAAAAUCGAAGACGGAAACAACUUCGGAGUGUCGAUCCAGGAAGAUACCCUCGCCGAAAUCCAGUCUGUGGAAACGGAAGCCGCCGCGUUCUUCGAUCAAAUCUCCAGAUACUUCGUAUCGCGAGCGAAGGUCGUUUCCAAAGUGGCCAAGUAUCCGCACAUUGAUGACUAUCGUCGUGCAGUUCAGGAACUGGACGAGAAGGAAUUCCUCAGCUUAUGGCUCGUUUUGAGUGAAGUGAGAAAUCGCUACUGCUCGCUACACGACAUCGUCAUAAAGAACAUGGAGAAGUUGAAAAAGCCACGGUCGUCCAACGCUGAAAGUUUGUAUUAAUUAAGUUUAAUGUGAACCUGUGCUGCGGCAGUAACACCUACCAGAAACAACUACAAGACAAGUCACCAUCAAGAAAACUUUCCGCUAUACAUUCUCCAGUACACAUUCGCACCCCUGCUACGAGCAGCAUGCCGAGCGACAUUGCCCAAAAGCAGUAAGUUCUAGAAGUGUUGUUGACUUCUCAUGACCCAAACUUGGAAUGGAUUCGGGGACAACCUCUUAAAUAUGCUAUAUUAAGUGAAGAAAACAGUCAUGCUACUUACUAUGUCUUAGAUUUGGAAGAUAAUCCUUUGUCAAAAAAAAAAUGCUGGUAAUGACUACAACUACAUCUUAUCCAGUAAAGGUUGUUCACGAUUCGUUUGCAUUGUUUUGGUUUUUUAUUCAUGAUUAAACCUGAUUCCUUCACAAACAGACAAAAAUGGUAUCUAAUAUACAUUUUUAUAGAGGUAUCACUCCAAAAACA